GUGUGGGGGAGGGGAUGUUGUCCGCUGUGCCUCCUCCUGUGCGGCUCGUAUUUCACAUGAGGAAACAAAUGUCGUCUUGAGUGAAAAUCAGGAUAGAGACUGAAGACUCCGCGGAAGGAUUCAGAGCAGCGCGAUGGGAACUAUGAUCCUGAUGGUGCUUCUGGUGCUUCACCUGCCGACAGAGCUGCUGUCCAUACAGGUGAACGUUCCAGAGACGGAGAGGAGCACGAUGCUGUUCGCCUCGGUCAUCCUCCGCUGCGAUUAUUCAACCUCAGCAAACACUCAGGAUGUCCUGGUCACCUGGAGGUUCAAGUCUUUCUGUAAAGACCCGGUGCUGGAGUACUACUCCACAGCCUAUCAGGCCGCUCUGCAGCUCGGUCAGGACCCGGCCAACGACUGCGGGGACAGUCAGCGCACGGUCCGCACGGUGAUCCAGAAGAGAGGCAUCAACGAGCCCAUACUGGGAGCAGACUACAGAGAACGCAGAAUUACCAUCCAAAACAAGGCCGACCUGGUCAUCACUGAGGUGAUGUGGUGGGAUAACGGCGUCUAUUUCUGCUCCAUUGAUGCUGCCGGGGACACGACUGGAGACUCAGAUAGAGAAAUCAAACUCAUCGUAUAUCACUGGCUGACCGUCCUGUUGAUCAUCCUCGGAGCUCUACUGCUCAUCAUGCUCUUCUGUAUUUGUUGCUGUCAGUGCUGCCCGCAGAAGUGCUGCUGCUACAUCCGCUGCCCGUGUUGUCCACAGACCUGCUGCUGCCCCGAAAAAGCUGUGAUGCAGCACAGGAUGAUUAAGGAAGCUCAGAAGGCGAUGGCUCCCUGGAUGAACGGCCAACCCAUCUAUGCUCCGAUCAGCUCCAACGCCUCCUCUCAGGGCGUCCCCAUACUGUAUUCAGGUUCAUACUCGGACCACCCGGUCAAACAAAACUUUGCCAUGGCUCCCAUGCAGCUGUCCCCGAUGGCCCUCCAGCAGCAGCCCCCUCCUCUUCCACCUCACCAUGUGAAUGGCAGCAUGCGGAGCAGCAUCCAGGGAACCAACCAGGUGCUGGACUACCUGGAGACCCAGGUGAGGGGGAUGGACAUGGUGGCACCUCAACAGGCUCAUUACGCUGUACAAAACAUGGCCCCAUAUCAGUCUCAACCCCAGCACCACCCGGCUCCUCCCGCCGUCCCCUACACACCAGGACCCCCCAGUAUGCUGUCGGCCCUGGAUGAUAUCGGGGUGAGAGGGGUAGAGAGACGGGUGAUCACCCUGCCUCCUAUCAUACAGCGUGCACCCAGUUUCUCCUCGCGCAGGGGGCCCGGUGGAGGAGACGCAGCCAGAGGUGGAGCCAGGAUCUCCAGCCAGUCGAGUACAAGUACAAACCGCUCUGGGGGAGGCGGUCUCCCACGCAGCAGUCGAGGCUACAGAGACGUCUCUCCUCCCAGACGCGGCAUCCUGCGGGAAUACAGCGACGACUCGGAUCGGGAUAACAGGAGAGGAAGAGCGCCACACAAGAGCUCGAGGAACGAGAGAGGCGGCUCCCCGAGGAAAAGAGGAGGCGGGUCCAGGCCGAGAGCUCGGAGUCGCGACGACCUGAUGGAGGAGCUUUACAGCAGAGCGGCUCGGAGGGAGAGGAGCUAUUCUCCUCCACAGCGCCGCAACGGAUCCUGGAGCUCAGAUGAGGAGGACAGCGGGAGGAGGAAAGGAGGCAAAGGAGGCAAAGGAAAGGAUUGGCCAGAGAAGCCCCCCAGCUACUCGUCCAUCGAGUCCGGGCAAAAUGACAUCAGGAGGAACUACAACCGUCUUUCUGACAGAAGCUCCCGUAGUGGCACCAGCGUAGUUAUCUGAAGCAUUUCAAGGUGAGGAUGAAGAUAGAUGAAGAGUAGAGCCUUGAUCUGUUUAAUCAGCAUACAAGGAUGAAGUUGUGUAAAUCUGUUGUCAUGUACUGUACUGAUAUACUUUAACUCAAUAUGCACUGUGUUUCCCAUCUGUGGUUAUUGAGUCCAUUAACUCUGUCCUCACUGCAUUCAGUGUUUGUUUGUAAUGUAAGUUUUCUCUCUGGUGAUGGAUCAUUUCCACUCUGUUGGUCUUUAUGAAGAAAAUGUUCAACAGUUUCAAUGACAGUCAAAUUGUGUGUUUAUUAUAUUUGCUUAUUAGCUUACUUUCCUAUUUUGCAUAAAUCCUGUACUGUCUCAAGUUUUUUUUUUUUUUUAAGUCAGCCAGGAGAAGAAAGUAAAGUUGAAGGCAGGACAAAGUAAGCAGACUCGUGCUUUUUUUUUUUUUU